AAAGCCUGGGCUUUUUGUCUUAACAACGCAACCCGACACACCAAAAUCUCUGUCUUUUGAUUCUUUUCCUUCGAAUCAUCAUCACUGCCUAAUGAAAGUGAAACCCCUCUAAACCAUUAAAGAAGGUAGCAAAACUCGUUCACACUCACCUGCUGAAACUAAGGAGAUUUUUUUAAGGUUAUUAGGGUUAGGGUUUCUUCUUGGAGUAAAGUUAAUCUCACACAAGAUGCAGCAGCCACAGCAAACGAUUCCCAUGAUGCCUUCAUUCCCACCUAACAACAUCACUACCGAACAGAUUCAGAAGUACCUUGAUGAGAACAAGAAGUUGAUUUUGGCAAUUUUGGACAACCAGAAUCUCGGAAAACUCGCUGAAUGUGCCCAGUAUCAAGCUCAGCUGCAAAAGAAUUUGAUGUACUUAGCUGCGAUUGCGGAUGCGCAACCACAAACAACGCCCACAAUGCCUCUUCAAAUGGCACCGCAUCCUGCAAUGCAACCAGGAGGAUAUUUUAUGCAGCACCCUCAGGCCGCUGCAAUGGCACAGCAGCAGGGAAUGUUCUCCCAAAGGAUGCCGUUUCAAUUCAACAACCCGCAUCAAAUGCAGGAUGCACAGCAACAGCAGCUACACCUGCAGCAUCAACAAGCCAUGCAAGCUCAAAUGGGAAUCAGACCUGGAGGGUCCAAUAACGGCAUGCAUCCCAUGCAAGCCGAGGCUAAUCUUGGAGGUGGUGGCAGUGGUGGUCUCUCUUCAGCUUCGGGCCCAAAUGAUGGACGUGGUGGGAACAAGCAAGAGGGUGCUGAAGCCGGUGUUGAUGGGCAGGGCGGCACAGCUGGUGGUCACAGUGACGGAGUAGACAAGGCAAAGUGA